AUGGCGGGUCAGCGAGAGUGGAACGCCCUCUUGCUAGGCCUGGUGGAGGUGACCCAGGGCCUGGGUACCCUCAACAGGGAGCAGAGAGUCGACGUGGCCCGCCAGUGUCAUGAUGUCGUGUGUGGUGUGGGCGAGGCUUCCUCGGUGAACCUGCGGCUCCUUGCGACUGGUACCCUGGCAGUGGUGGUACACCUGGAGGAAGGUACCGUCCAGGUGAUCAACGACGACGACCUGGUAUGUUCCCACAAGAUGAAGGCAGUGAGCGUGAUGGCGGCCAUACGCAAGACUUCAGGCCAUGUAGUCUAUAUUGGCUGGUGUCAGGAGAAGGCCCAGCGACUGGCUGUGGUGUUGGACAUGUGGUCUGAGCAGGAGGCAGACUCGCUCAUUCAGGGAUACAAGGCCGCCAGACAGGCGACACUUCCAAGUUUGAUACUUUCAGGGUCUCCGGUAGCUCAGGCACCGUCCCCUGGCGGCGACCCGGACAGACGGACACGUCCUCUUCGCUCGUCGAUAUAUUCAGAAAACACAGUUCCUUUGCCUCAAGCCGGCCUGACCUUAACAUCACCGCCGUUGCCUCCUCGUAAGCCUCCCAUCAACCCUCCAUAUAAUGAGAAUGUAGCCACCCCACCACUACCACCUAGACCUCCUGCUCAGUCCAAGCCUUCCUUGGAGACCAAGCCGUCUUACGAAGCCAAGCCAUCCCUGGAGAUCAAACCGCCACCGCAGAACGUCAUUAGAGAUAAAUUUGAUAAUACUGCAAAGCUAAUGAAGGGAAAGUUCAAACAGUUUGUCGGUGCAGGUAAAGGCGCCGCUUCACAUUACGUGAAUAACAUUACCAGCGUCGAUGAAGAGAAGAGCAUUUAUAACGUGACUUCUCCAAUGGUGUCUUCAGCGCCGGUAGCUUUUUCCCCCGGGGGCUCAGGAGGAUUCAGUGCUCCUCCACGAGAGCGGAAGUCAAGUGAGCCGCCUGAAGAGAAGAAAAUUUAUAACGUGACUUCUCCAGUGCAUGCAGCGUCUUUUCCCGGGAGCUCAGGAGCACCCAGAGCCCCUCCACGAGAGCGCAAGUCAAGUGAGCCGCCUCUCACGCCUCGCUUAGUGCCUUCCGACAGUGACUUUCAAUGGCCUUCUGACGACGAAGACGAUUUCAACUACGAGAACGACGAAACGUACUACUCGUUUUUAGGGAUUAGCGUAAAGGAAACUGAAAGAAUCUACAUGAAAUCUCAAAUGGUAGAGUUGAUAGAGUCAGAAGCAACUGAUUCGACGCUAGAAGAACAUAUUUCAUAUUUUCUACAAAAUGAAUACGAUUACCUGAGUUGCCUCGAAAGACUAAAACAAGCAAGAAAAAUGCUAAAUCCUGAGCUACAGAACCUUCUCAGAGUCACAGAAGCCUUGGCUACCACUCACAAUGAUAUGUACAUAGAUUUACACGAAGGCUACACAUCAUGUUCUAAAAUAGCUAAUGCCUUUAUAGAACGAAAAGAUAAGCUGGACCACUAUAUCUAUUAUUUGAUGAAUGCCCCCAAGAUAAACACCUAUAUAAAGAAUAUGCCGGAGGAGAAUACACUGCUUCUCCCAACACUACAGGAGGACCUGAGGACCUCUUGGAAGAGGCUCCACUUCUACUUCAUGAGUCUGGAGAAGAUACUCGGUAGUGCCCCACAGGGAGACAAGGCAGCACUUAAAGUAGUAGUGGAGAUGCUCCGAGAUAUGAACCUUCAAGCAGACUCCUGUAUCCUUUUAGAUGGUGUCAAAGAAUGUCCCUUUGAACUCCUUCUCUAUUGCCCUCUGAUUCUCCACAAUGCCUUCAAAAUCAAAGGCCCUCUAACAAUCAGGACUAGACCAAACUACCGUGUCCUCUUGUUUGCCGAGAUCAUCGUGGUGACGGUGCCGAAGAACGACCAAUACGAGUAUCAAGAACACAUACCCAUGAACCAGGUCAAGUUCAUCGCCGCUAGCUACUUCACCAACACAGAUUUUGAUCUUGAGAUAAUGUCUGGAGGGCAAAAGAGGAACAAAAGAUACACGUUCCGGGCGCCGAGCCCCGAGGCCAGGGACGUGUGGGUGGAAGCCAUCACGCGUCUCCUCCAUGCCAACGCAGAGAAAAUAAAAAAUUUGGUCACAAAACGCUACGGUUCGGCAGAUAAGAACGAAUGAAAAUUAAAACAGAAAAUUGGACCUAUGUUACUUUUGUGUUUCCUGAAGGAAAAUGCGGGAAAAAACGUGAAAUUCAUUGAUUUUGGAAAUCGUAAAUAAUAUUUGUAAUCAUAUUUUAAGGGGUUACUCCAGUACUUAUCAAGACAUGUAAACAUUGUUCACCUUGUAAGUUAAUAUUUGCAAGGAUCACCAUGGAUGCCCAACAACUGCAAGGAUCAGCUUGAAUGUCCCACACCUGCAAGGAUUAUCACAUAUGCUCCACAGCUGCAAGGAUCACCAUGAAAAUUCCACACACCUAUAAGGACCAUCAUGGAUAUCCCACACCUGCGAGGAACCAUGCACAAGUGACCAGAUGCUGUACAGAUGCACUGUGAGAAGAUAACCGGAACCAUUGUGCAUUAUGACUCUCCUCAAAUCUCUUAAGAGACAAAAUUAUGUUAUAUAAGGAUUUACAAAUCAUCUGUAAUUAUUGGCAUCAAUUCUCCGGGUCUGUUGAGGCUGCUUCAGAGGCUAUUAGCGCCUAGAUAAUGUCCCUAAAUAUAUAAUUUAUGGAGAAACCUACCUUUAUAUAAUUUUUCUUUAUUUAAUUUUAUCUUUAUGUAACUGAUACACCUUUAUAUAUAUAUAUAUCCUUCAUUUUUAUGUAAUUUAUUUUAGUUAUAUUAAUAUACAUGAACAAAAUAUGCAAACUAUGUGUUAGAAAUAUAGACAAAAUGUUAUAUAUAUAUAUAUAUAUAUAUAUAUAUAUAUAUAUAUAUAUAUAUAUAUAUAUAUAUAUAUAUAUAUAUAUAUAUAUAUAUAUAUAAUAAUGUUGUAACCAUUGCCUUAGUAGGGAUAUAGAGACAGGAUGUCUAAAAUUAACAAAUAAAUUGAUAAGCGUGAGCUAUCCUGAACUUGGAGUAUUAACUGCAACCCUAUUUUGCAUACUGCUAUGUUUGCCAAUCCUAGUUUCCUUUCCUUGUUUCAUGGUCUGCUUUAACUGUCAAAUCACCCUCCCCGAGUCCUAUCCUGCUGAUCCAAGAUGACUGAGGUAAUGAGCCUUGCCGUGAGUGUUCAGGGACUAGGCUUGAGGGUGUGCCUCUGCUCUGUCAGUGGAGGCAAGUGGUAAGGUGACAGAUAAAGAAAGAAAUUGAAUUGUUAAAUGAGUGUUGAAGUCAUGGCACCUGCAUAAUUAAUAUCAGGUCCCCCGAGCUUACUGACAAAGUGGAUAAAGGUUCCCCAUUGUUCCGCAGGAUAUAUAUAUAUAUUUUUUUCCCAAUUGUAUUUUGAACUAAAGUAAUAUGUUCACAUUUACGGCUUCGGCGAUGUCACAUUUACGGCUUCGGCGAUGGGUAUAGGUCCACUACCACUCAAUGUAUAUAUGCUGGUUAGCAUUGUAAAUGUGUCGCCACGUCUGUGGUAGAAAAUAAUAAACAAAAAAAAAAUAAAAACUUACAGGAUUGGUAUGGGGUGUAAAAUAAACAAAUAAAAAGGUUAAUUAGUUAAUUAGCCGUUAAGAUGUAAGUCUCGUUCUAACCACACACUCAGACAAUGAUAAAACACUCAGCAGAGUGCGAAAGAUUCAGUAUAAAUCUUUACAUAAAAUACACAAAUACAUAAG